UUCACCUGAAGACAGGUGAGAACAACGUUGACCGACCCAUGUUGCGUUGCGAUGACGCUUUUAUUUAUCAAUUCCUUUCGGAUGUCUGAUUAGAAAGUCAAUUAUAUGUGUGGUGCGGGACUCGCAACUUUGAAAGUAACAUCUGAAGACAAAUUACAGCUGAAUCUUAUGAUUUGAAAGAAGCUUGAAAUCAUCGAUCAUGGUGAUCGUCACGAGAGGUGACUAUAUUUGGAUUGAACCGCAAACAAAGCGGGAAUUUGAUGUAGCUAUUGGUGCACGUGUUACUUCAGCAGAAGGAAGACGUAUUCAAGUUAUUGAUGAUGAUGGAAAGGAUCAAUGGCUUACACCAGAACGACGCAUUAAAGCAAUGCAUCCCACUUCUAUUCAAGGUGUUGAAGAUAUGAUAUCAUUAGGAGAUCUUCAUGAAGCAGGGAUUCUUAGAAAUUUAUUAAUAAGAUAUAAUGAAAAUCUUAUUUAUACAUAUACUGGUUCUAUUCUUGUUGCUGUAAAUCCAUAUCAAAUUCUUCCCAUCUAUACUGCAGAACAAAUUAAAUUAUACAAAGAUAAAAAGAUUGGAGAAUUGCCUCCUCAUAUUUUUGCCAUAGGAGAUAAUUCAUAUAAUAAUAUGAAAAGAUAUCAACAAGAUCAGUGUGUCAUUAUAAGUGGAGAGAGUGGUGCAGGAAAGACAGAAAGCACAAAAUUAAUUUUGCAAUAUCUAGCAGCUAUUAGUGGACAACAUUCAUGGAUAGAACAACAGAUUUUAGAAGCAAAUCCAAUUCUUGAAGCAUUUGGAAAUGCAAAAACAAUACGAAAUGACAAUUCCAGUCGAUUUGGAAAAUAUAUUGACAUCCAUUUUAAUAAACAAGGUGUAAUAGAAGGAGCCAGAAUAGAACAAUAUUUAUUAGAAAAAUCACGUAUUGUUGGCCAGGCUCAAGAUGAAAGAAAUUAUCACGUAUUCUAUUGCAUGCUAGCUGGCUUAGCCAAAGAUGAAAAACAUAAGCUUGAAUUACAGGAUGCCUCAAAAUAUUAUUAUUUAACACAGGGUGGCUGUAUAACAUGUGAAGGUCGUGAUGAUGCUACAGAAUUUGCUGAUAUUCGCUCUGCAAUGAAAGUUCUCAUGUUUUCCGAUCAGGAAAUAUGGGAAAUUCUGAAAAUAUUGGGAGCUUUAUUACAUCUUGGAAAUAUAAAAUAUAGAGCAACUGUAAUAUCUAAUUUGGAUGCAACAGAAAUUAUGAAUGCCAGUAGUGUGAAUAGUGCUGCUCGCCUUUUAGAAGUAAAUCAACAACAUUUGAUAGAUGCUCUCACUACACGAACUAUUUUUGCUCAUGGAGAUGCUGUUGUAUCAACAAUGAGUUCAGAACAAUCACUUGAUGUAAGAGAUGCAUUUGUAAAAGGAAUUUAUGGGAGAAUGUUUGUAUGGAUUGUAAAUAAAAUCAAUUCAGCAAUUUAUAAACCCAAACCAUCAGCAAAUUAUUACAGAACAUCGAUAGGAGUUUUGGAUAUAUUUGGAUUUGAAAAUUUUGCUGUUAACAGUUUUGAACAGUUUUGCAUUAAUUAUGCAAAUGAGAAUUUGCAACAGUUUUUUGUUCGUCAUAUUUUCAAAUUAGAACAAGAAGAAUACAACAUAGAAGCUAUAAAUUGGCAGCAUAUUGAAUUUGUAGAUAAUCAAGAAGCUCUUGAUUUAAUUGCAGCUAAACCAAUGAAUAUAAUGGCAUUAAUUGAUGAAGAAAGUAAAUUUCCAAAGGGUACUGAUCAUACAUUGCUUAAUAAAUUACAUAAGACUCAUGGUAAUAAUAAGAACUAUUUGAAACCUAAAUCUGAUAUUAAUACUUCAUUUGGACUCAAUCAUUUUGCUGGUGUUGUAUUUUAUGAUACUCGAGGAUUUCUGGAAAAAAAUCGAGACACCUUUAGUGCAGAUUUAAUCCAACUGAUUCAAGUUAGCAACAAUAAAUUUUUACAAAAUCUCUUCAUACAAGAAAUAGGAAUGGGAACAGAUACAAGGAAAAAAACUUUAACAUUAAGUGCCCAAUUUAAAAGAUCAUUAGAUUCUUUAAUGAGGGCAUUAAGCCAAUGUCAUCCUUUUUUCAUUCGUUGUAUUAAACCAAAUGAAUAUAAAAAACCAAUGAUGUUUGAUAGAGAAUUGUGUUGUAAGCAGCUGAGAUAUUCUGGAAUGAUGGAAACAAUUCGAAUUCGAAGAGCAGGUUACCCCAUUCGGCAUACCUUUAAAGAAUUUGUUGAACGUUAUCGAUUUUUAAUUCCAGGAAUUGGUCCAGCUCAUAAAAUUGACUGUAAACCAGCUUGUAUUAAAAUAUGUGCAGAUGUACUUGGUAAAACUGAUUAUCAGCUUGGUAGAACGAAAGUCUUUCUUAAGGAUGCACAUGAUUUGUUUUUAGAACAAGAACGAGAUCGUGUUUUGACAAGAAAAAUAUUGAUUUUGCAAAAAGCAAUUCGUGGAUGGUAUUAUAGACGUAGAUUUCUUCGCAUGCGGCAAAGUGCUGUUGUAAUUCAGAGAUAUUGGCGUGGUUAUAGUCAAAGGAAAAAAUUUCAGGCAAUGAAACUUGGUUAUCAACGUCUUCAAGCACAUAUUCGAUCCAGAAUACUCUCUCAUCGUUUUAAACAUCUUCGUGGACACAUUGUUUCCUUACAGGCUCGAUGCCGUGGACUUUUAGCAAGAAGAGAAUACCAUAAAAGGCAUUGGGCUAUUGUAAAAAUACAGGCUUUUGUUAGGAGAGUGAUUGCGCAAAGAAAUUAUCGGAAGAUGAAAAUAGAGCAUCGUCAUAGAAUAGAAGCACUUAGAUUAAGAGAACAAGAAGAAGAAAAAUUGAGAAAACAAAUGAAUCACAAGAGAGCAAGAGAAAUUGCUGAACAAAAAUAUAGAGAAAGAUUACAAGAAUUAGAAUUAAGAUUACGUGAAGAAGAAGUGGCAGACCGAAGAAAUGUUGAACAGAAAAAAGCAGUGAUAAUUGAUGCAGUUCAUCGUCAAGAAGAACAAUUAGAUGAUUCUAAAUUAGUCGAUGCAAUGUUUGAUUUUCUACCACGAACCGAAUCUUCAAGUGAUCAAGUUGCUCCAACAGCAUUCAAGGAUUUGGAACAAUCAAGAGUGAAUGCACUAGUAACUGCUGAAGCUGAAGCUGAAGGCACAUUACCUGCUCCUCCCAUUGAUCAAGAAGACUUAUCUGAGUAUAAAUUUCAAAAAUAUGCAGCAACUUAUUUCCAGGGAAAUGCUGGUCAUCAAUAUCAACGCAAAUCUUUAAAGCAACCAUUACUUCCUCUUGCUACUCAAGGUGAUUGCAAGGCUGCAAAUGCUUUAUGGAUUACGAUUCUUCGUUUUAUGGGUGAUCUACCAGAACCAAAAUUCCAUAUAAUGGAAAGGGAUAAUACUUCAGUUAUGAGCAAAGUAUCAGCUACAUUAGGUAGAAAUUUCAUCAAAAGCAAAGAAUUUCAAGAAGCUCAGUUAAUGGGAAUGGAAACUGAAACAUAUACAAAACAAAAAUCACGAAGUAUUAGAAACAAACUUGUGUCUUUAACAUUAAAGAAGAAAAAUAAAUUAACUGAAGAUGUAAGAAGACGACUGCAAGAAGAUGAUGUUAAUGAUGAUAGUUAUAGUAGCUGGUUAGAAAGCAGGCCAACUUCUAAUUUGGAAAAACUUCAUUUCAUUAUUGGACAUGGAAUUCUAAGGGAUGAACUUAGAGAUGAAAUCUAUUGUCAGAUUUGUAAGCAAUUAACUAACAAUCCUAAUAAAAGUUCACAUGCAAGAGGAUGGAUAUUAUUAUCUCUUUGUGUUGGAUGUUUUGCUCCAUCAGAUAAAUUUGUGAAAUAUCUAUUAAAUUUCAUUCGAGAAGGUCCUCCAGGUUAUGCACCUUAUUGUGAAGAUCGUUUAAGAAGAACUUUUAUGAAUGGCACUAGAGGACAGCCACCUUCUUGGUUAGAACUACAAGCCACAAAAUCAAAAAAACCUUUGAUGUUACCCAUAACUUUUAUGGAUGGAAAUACUAAAACACUUCUAGCAGAUUCUGCUACAACUGCCAGAGAAUUAUGUGCUCAACUGUCAGAUAAAAUUCAGUUAAAAGAUCAGUUUGGAUUUUCACUUUAUAUAGCUCUGUUUGAUAAGGUAUCAUCUUUAGGAAGUGGAGGAGAGCAUGUUAUGGACGCAAUAUCACAGUGUGAACAAUAUGCAAAAGAACAAGGUGCUCAGGAACGUAAUGCACCAUGGAGAUUAUUCUUUAGAAAAGAAAUAUUUGCACCAUGGCAUAAUCCAUCAGAAGAUCCUGUUGCCACUAAUCUUAUAUUUCAACAAGUAGUGAGAGGUGUCAAAUUUGGUGAAUAUAGAUGUGAUAAAGAAGAAGAUCUUGCUAUGAUAGCAGCUCAGCAAUAUUAUAUUGAUCAUGGCACAGAUCUCCUCUUAGAUCAAUUAGUAGCAUUGCUGCCAAAUUACAUUCCUGAUUAUUGUCUUCAAGCAAGUGAUAAAAGUAUUGAACGAUGGUUAAAUCAUGUUACAAAUGCAUAUAGUAAGAGCUACUACUAUCAAGAAAGAGUACCACCAUUGAGAGUUAAGGAAGAUGUUGUCGAUUAUGCCAAAUAUAAAUGGCCAUUGCUUUUCUCUCGUUUUUAUGAAGCUUUAAGAUCAUCUGGUCCUCAUUUGCCUAAAAAUGAUGUAAUUAUUGCUAUUAAUUGGACAGGAGUUUAUGUUGUGGAUGAUCAAGAACAAGUGCUUUUGGAGUUAUCAUUUCCAGAAAUUACUACAAUAAACAGUCAAAGAAGUAGUCGUCCUUUCCUUCAAAGUUUUAUAGUUGCUACUAUUCGAGGAGAAGAAUUUACUUUUCAGUCACCAAACUCAGAUGAUAUUCGUGAACUUGUUGAAUUCUUUUUAGAUGGCUUGAAAAAGAGAUCUAAAUUUGCAAUUGCCCUUCAAGAUUAUAAUGGAGAUGGCCCAUCCUUCCUAAGCUUAAAUCAGGGAGAUCUGAUUUUUCUUGAAGAUGGACAUUGUGGUGAAACACUUACAGCAAAUAAUUGGUGCAUUGGAAGAUGUGAAAGAACAGGAGAAAAGGGAGAUUUUCCAUCUGAAUGUGUAUAUGUACUUCCUGCCUUAAGUAAACCUCCUAAUAAUAUACUUGCAUUAUUUACACAAGAAGGUGCAGAAGAAAGCAGACAAUUGUUUUCAAUAAGGCAGACCAAUGGUCCUGAACCAAUGGAAAAGCCUCAUACAUUAGAAGAAUACUCUCUUGAUCAUUUUAGGCCACCACCAAAACGAACAAUACCUAGAACAUUAACACUAUCAUCAGCACGCAGAAGAGAUAACGAACAAUUAUGGCGCCAUUCUAGAGAACCAAUCAAACAACCAUUGCUCAAGAAAUUAUUAAACAAGGAAGAACUUAGUCAAGAAGCUUGUUUUGCAUUUAAUGCUGUUUUGAAAUAUAUGGGUGAUCUACCAUCUCGGAGAACAAGAACUGGUAAUGAAUUAACAGAUCAGAUAUUUGACGGUCCUCUAAAACAUGAAAUAUUAAGAGAUGAAAUCUAUUGUCAAAUAAUGAAACAACUCACAGAAAAUAAAAACAGAUUAAGUGAAGAAAGAGGAUGGGAGCUCAUGUGGUUGUCUACAGGUCUUUUUGCUCCUAGUCAAACUUUAUUGAAAGAAUUGACCUUGUUUUUACGCACACGCAGGCAUCCCAUUGCCAUGGAUUCUCUUCAGAGACUUCAGAAAACACUCAGAACUGGACAGAGAAAAUACCCACCACAUUUGGUAGAAGUAGAAGCAAUUCAACAUAAAACUACACAAAUUUUUCAUAAAGUUUAUUUUCCUGAUGAUACAGAUGAAGCAUUUGAAGUAGAUUCUAGUACAAGAGCCAAAGAUUUUUGUCAGAAUAUUGCACAGAGAUUAAAUUUAAGAUCUGCAGAAGGGUUUAGUUUAUUUGUGAAAAUUGCUGACAAAGUGAUAAGUGUACCAGAAGGAGAUUUCUUUUUUGAUUUUGUUCGGCAUUUAACUGACUGGAUUCGGAAAGCAAGACCUACAAGAGAUGGUUCAAUUCCUCAGUUCACAUAUCAAGUGUUUUUCAUGAAAAAAUUAUGGACAAAUACAGUUCCUGGGAAAGAUAGAAAUGCAGAUAUAAUAUUUCAUUAUCAUCAGGAAUUGCCAAAAUUAUUACGUGGAUAUCACAAAUGCACUAAAGAUGAUGCAGCAAGAUUGGCUGCCCUUAUUUAUAGGGUAAGAUUUGGUGAAAGCAAAGUGGAAUUACAAGCUAUUCCAACAUUACUAAGAGAACUAAUUCCUGCUGAUAUAAUGAAAGUACAGAGCACUAGUGAUUGGAAAAGAUCAAUCGUUGCUUGUUAUAAUUCGGAUGCUGGUCUAACUCCCGAAGAUGCUAAAGUUAACUUUCUAAAAACAAUAUACAAAUGGCCUACAUUUGGCUCAGCAUUUUUUGAAGUGAAGCAAACAACUGAUCCAAGUUAUCCAGAACAGCUUCUUAUAGCAAUUAAUAAACAAGGAGUUAGUUUAAUAAAUCCAAUAUCUAAGGAUAUUUUAAUUACCCAUCCUUUCACUCGUAUAUCCAAUUGGAGUAGUGGAAAUACUUAUUUCCACAUGACUAUUGGAAACUUGGUCCGUGGAAAUAAGUUAUUAUGUGAAACUCCACUGGGUUAUAAAAUGGAUGAUCUUCUAACAUCAUACAUCAGUUUAAUGCUAACAAAUAUGAAUAAGCAAAGGACAAUACGAAUUAAGAACUAAAUGUAAAUUUGUUUGCCCAAAGAAAAGUUGCUUGUUGAUAAGUAAUAGAUUACUAUGUAAUCUAUACUAUUUGUUAUUGAUGUACAGAAAAUUAAGUGCUCAGAAUGAAAUUUAAAGCUAAUUAACAUGCAAAAUAACUACAAAUUUGAUACUCUGUAUGUUAUGUAAUAUUUAAAAUUUUAAUGUCACAGCCUCAAUGUUUAUAUAUUUUUACACACAAAAUCAUGUUUAUUUUGCACGUUUGGUGCAACGUGAAUGAAAAAAUUCACACAUUCAUCUUGCUCGGCAGGGAUGCGGUCUACGUGCAUACGUGUGUUUUCUUAUUUAAAUUCUCAAGUGCAUCACAAUCAUAGCAACAUUGUAGAUUUUUUAAAUUUUCUGAAUAAAAAUUUUGAAAAAUUAA